AUGGCUUCACCUCACCUUUGGACACCUGCUCUUGAACCACGAACUAUUAUAAAUCCUUGGUAUAGACAUGCCAUAAUAAAUGAGACAAUCGCUUUGGACAGAGAAGAGGAGGAUUAUGAAGCACAGUUAUAUUCGAUAAGAGUUAAAGAAUUAGGUGAUGAAAUAGAUGAUGAUGCUGAAGAAAUUGAAGGUUCUGAAUAUACUCAUCAUCCAGACUCGACAAUUCUUGGAGAAAUUUUAGGCUCAACGGAAGUAUUGCCACCUUCAACACCACCGGGAGAAACUUCUAGAGCCAUGGAUAUUUCUGAAUUUGAAGUGUUGGGCGUUGAAGAAUAUGGUCAAGAUUUUGAAUUUUAA